AUGGCGGAAACUGCGUCCACUCAAUCCCCCGUCGAAGCUCGAUCUCUAUCUUCGAUCACAUCGAUAGCUGCAAACCCCCCCGCAUAUCCGCGAAACCCGGCGCAGGCGAAACUUGAUCGAGUUGAGCUGUACAUUGUGAAGGUGCCUGGCAGCAAAGAUGUGGUGCUAACUCCACUAAAACCUCCAACCAAGUCAAACAUUUCCAUUGAAGCCAUCAACUCCUCGCUGUAUUAUUUGCAUGUGGCUACUGAAGAAGACGAGAAUGUUUUACGGUCCAUAGAGUUAGAGCAAAGGGAGCAUCCUCACGAUGCCCUUGCAACGACUCGUCUCUCGAACGAAACCGUCUUGCGCUUGAAUGAUUUCCAUCGGAAGCCUGUCCGGGGGCAAGAUGCCUCAACGGCGACACCAUACCCACCUCCACCGCCGCCACCACACCUAGAAGGGGCCACUAGCUAUCAAGGCCACUCCGUCAGCGAGGAGGACACCCCUCGCAUUCCUCGCAAAAAUGUACAUGACUCCUACUGUCCAAUCACCCAGCCGAAAGAGACCACUGCGAUGCGAGACUUUGCGAUCCCUCGACGCCCAGUAUCAUCAGGUGGCGGGACACUCCUCACACCUACAUUGACCGAGCUGAACUUGGGGCAGAGGCUCUCAUAUGAUGGACCACGGCCUUCAAUAGAGAAUAUUAGGCCACAUCAGUCCCAUGUUUCUAAAAAUCUAUCGCCCGGGGAUAUACUCACCGAUCAAAAUUUAGGUUCUCCUUUUCGCAUUACCCUCAUUCGUCGUGAUGCUGCUUCUGGUAAUCAAUGGAAUGUUGCUACUAUGUCUAGCUCGAAGGAGGACAAAGGGGUAAUACAUGUCGAAAUAUUCAACCCAGGAUAUGGGAAAUUCAUGAAUAAUGUUCACCUUUCUUCGAAUAAUUCCGGCCAGCAUUCAACUAGUGCAGCUAGUGAAGGACAAAAUGCCGUCGAAGUCCUGAAGCGCAUGGCGCAAAACAUGAUGCCCGAUGAUAGUAUUGGGAAAAAAGUAUUCUAUCGAGACAUUACACCAGUCAGACACGACCUCCAAAGUCACUCAUUGUCGGAAGUACUCUUCAAUCGACAUUCGGGAUCGGCCGAGACUCCUAAACUUGCACAAUAUGUAUCUUCCAAGGUCAAUCGGGGAUAUUACACUUUCAAAUCGCCGUGGGGUGGAACUUGUUCGUUUUUGGCCAGUGUGAACGGCGGCAGUCUCAAGUGCAAACAUACGAUACCUGGUCCAGCAAUGAGUUCUGAGGCGGGKGUGAGUAGUAGUGGCCAAAAUCCCGAAGUGACGGUCUCGGAGUUACGAUACAACAUCCCUUUUGCUCUCGAGCAGUCAUUUCGACCUCCCUCAAUCUUGAACGUAAAUGGCAACAACAAGAGUCCGGAAGAGAAGGGGAAAGGCAAACGCGCAGCCUUGAGUCAGCUUAUUACGACGAACAUACAAAAGGUUCAACAACAUGCUCGUUCUCGUUCACAUUCGCAAGGCGGAACACCUGUCCCCAUUCUAUCCGUCGCACGCGGCAGCGGAGAUGAGCAGUCACCUGCAUCCACAGUUCCUGCCGACGAUGAAGAUCGACUGGACUUUUCGUUGGCAAGAGAACAUGGCGGCGGUGGCAUGAGUGGGAAGAGCGCUAAACUAGGCAAGCUGAUCAUUGAAGACGAGGGCAUAAAAAUGAUUGAUCUGGUAGUCGCAGCAUCGAUGGGCGUUUGGUGGCGAUCGACUUAUCAGCCCUCGUAA